GAGAACAGGACCCUGAAGCGGGCGGAGAGAAAUAUUUUAUAAGAUCUGAAGCUGCGAUUACAUCAAAACGCGGGUGUAUUUCAAAUACCGUUCCGCUGCGAAUCGUACCGUACUGUAAAAUACCAGUAUAGAAGCUGCUUGCUCUCUGCCGCAUUACCUUCCCCGAUCUAUCCUCAACAUGCGCGAUAUCCAUCGACUUGAUCUCAUAGUUAUACAUCAAGGCAUCAUGAUGUUUUUGGAGAUAUGACAACGCGAAUCGAGAAUGUCCUUGCUGCUAGAAACGCUUCCCUUAACGAUGAGAAUGACUGGGAGGAGUUUGCCCUGACGGACGUUAAGGUUCUUGUACCUGGCAAGACGCGAUAUGCGAACGUCUUGUCUGCUUCGGCAGACAAUCCUGUCCGUGUCACAGGCCAGCUGGAAGUGGUAGAAAAAGAGCAGGAAGAGCUUGUUCUUGAUGAUUCCUAUCGAAACAAACGAGUCCUCAUUGAUAAUGUCACGCACUACGCCUACGGUCAGCAUGACGAUGGCGAGAUCGGCUUAUGGGUUGCGGGCGCGGCAGGCUGGUUCUCCAUCGCGCCCGCCAGAGGAUACAAACCGAUGUUCAACGAGAUGGUCGAAGCCAUUGACCUCCUAUAUUUCCUUGCGGACCAGCACCAAAAGAGCAGGCGGCGGGGUAGAAAAUGGAAUCCAAAAGUAAAUUAUCUAUUUGAUGAGUACACGAAACAUACCAAUGGGGCGUGCGAGGAUGCGGAGGACUCAGCGGAGGUGUUCUACAAGCACCAUGAGUUCCUUAUCAACCGAAUGGUCCAGGGUAAGGAGAAUGUGGAUUGGGCUUCGACUCCCAUUUAUGCUCAUCUACGGGAGUUGUAUUUGGAUGUAUUCGAGCGGGCAGAGGCGGCUGCGAAUGAAACCCAAGAAGAGGUUGAAUCUGACGAAGAAUCAGAGGUUUCUCCCGAUGCCGUGGACGUGGGGAGAGCCCAGGCUGACACGAUAUUUGAGGUUGUUUUGGACAUGAAAGAGUCGGGGCUACUCUCUAAACGGCGACUUAAUGUUACGACUGUUGCGGAGACGCUUUUGAAACGAUAUGAAAUGAGCUCUUUGGAUUAUGCUCUGGAUUUGAUUCGUGCGAGAGCUGGUUUGCUUACAGAGAUGAUGGACAACGCACAAACGGCGACUUUUGACUGGUCUUCAAAAGCCAUAUAUCGACAGCUAAAAGAGCUAGAGAGUUCAGGAUGCUUGAAAGGUAUUAGCGACACCCCGCUACACCCCAGGGCACGAAGGGAGGACGGUUCUUCGUCUCCCUUGGCGGAAGAAAGCGAAGAUGAUGAUGAAAUUCCUGUUCCGAAGGGGCGAAGGCGUAAGGUACGAAAAUCCCUGCUCCGCCCGAAGAUGAGCUCGGUUUCGGUCAAGGCGGCUGGUAAACGCAAUCGACAAACAGAAAUUGGGAAUACAGAUUCUGAGGAUGAAUUUAACGAGCCUCCGGAAUCGGAUGAUACGCCUUCAAAGAGCCGCGGCCACCGCCUGGUUCAUGACCCAUUCUCGUCAAGGGUGAAUGAAAGCACCCGCUCGAUAGUUUCUGGAUCAGACGUCGCUUCAGUAAGGAAAACACCGAUGCAAGAGGUCUUCGAGGGCUUGAUGACGGCCAGCCCAACCAUCAAUAACAACAGCGAAAACAUAAAUCAAGCGACAGAGCCCCCUGAUCUCGCUGAUUUACCUGCGGAUACAUGGAUUUGUUCGGUCCAGGGAUGCGGCAAAACUAUAUACAAAGCCAGUUCGAAACGGUCGAAAGAAGCUAUUCUCGACCACUCCCUCGUCCAUGCUGAAGACACUCAAGCCAAGCUGAACCUUGUAUUCGCAGAACAGCGCCAUAAUGUCAACGCCUCUGUUAGCCAUCUAGUCAGUCGCAUUCGUGAUUUCGGCUCCCAUCAGGAAUCAGCGGGAACAUCUGAUGAGGCUCCGUCCCUGCAGCGAACUCAGCACCCGGAGGUAGCGUAAAGGGUUAAGAUUGUUUACCUACCUUUUGUAGUAAAGGUGGCGAAGAAUUUAGCCAUGAAGACGCCUCACACCGUGUAUGCGGAAUAAUAUAUCCCUGGGUAGGGAGUCAUUACGAUAUCCAUUCUCAACGUUUUCCACGUGGUGAUUUUCACUUCAAAAUACCCAUUGUACAGUACAUAUAUAUAUAUAUGAUAUAUGUAUUUUUAUAUUCCAUCAGGCGAUACCACAUGGCAUGAUUCUGGAAGGCAACUUUUUUGGUGUUAUUGGAUCCCUAUAACUUUAGUGAUGAGUAACGAAGAAUUUACGACCUAUUAACAACUUUUAAGUGUGAUCCAGCCUUGCCCUUCAAAUUGACUGACAUGGCUGCAAAUGGAGGAUUCUAUAGGAUAGCCCUUGGUGUUCUUGCAGUGUAUAGGCAGAUACAUAACUUGCCCUGAAUCCCUAUUCCUUCAUAACGAGGAAAGACUUAGCGACAGCUUUGAUAAACAAAUCAAUUCUAUAGAAUUUAGGGCGGGAAUAUAAACCCAUCCGCUCCCUAGCAUACAGAAAUGAAAUGAGAAAAUAUCACAAACGUUUGCAAUUAUGUGCUCCCGAAUGCCGCACUCUCAAGUCCUCUUGAAGGUUGCCCUUCUGCUCUUCCCCGGCCUCUGCGCGCCUCCUUUUUUUUGUCCUUUCAUCUUACCCACUGAAAACCCGCUCAAAUCGCCGCUGGACAUCGCAUCUCCACUCUUCGCGAAUCGCUUCUUGCCCCCAAACCCAAACUUCUGAUCCUUCUUUUGUCGCUUGCUUUGAGCACCCGGACCGUUGCGGCCACCCUUAUUGGCUCCACCCCGUGAAUGGGAUUUGCCUUCGUCUUCUAGGGUAACGUCGAAAAGGUCUGACUCUUCAGUGGGAGCCCCAUCACUCGCUUUGCGUUCUGCAAGGAGAGUAAAGGUAUAUAUGUUAGGUUUGCAAAUUUUACAAAGAGAAAUGUAGAGUAAUACGAUUGGACAGCAGAAGUUGAGAACUUACUCCGCUUCAGACUAUUGAUCUUAUCCAGCGUCUCCCGCUUCUCUUUCUGUCUCUGUUGUAGCUUGGCAACCUGGACUUGUUUUCCGAACUUUUUAAGAUCUCGCUGUCGUUUAGCUUCCGCGCUUGCCUUCUUCGCCGCAGCUUCGUCGAACAAUUUCUUCUUCACUCGGCCCAUAUGCUCAUCAGACUUGACCAUUUCGGCAAAGUAAUCUGUCGGUCGUGAAAAG